GCGUGUUGAACACGUCGUCAUCAACAAUCUGAUAUGAAUGAAUGACUGACACCUCUCCGUUAAGCAAGAUCUUCACUUUAGAGAGAGAGAGUGAGUAACACUGCUUUUGCUGUUUUGGGUUUGCAAUAGAAACCACAGAGAGCGGGAAAGCGUGUAGCCCGAGAUUUUCUCAUCCGAGCCCAUAUCUAGGGUUCUAUCUCUCUUUCUUAAACGUUAUUACUGCGCCCGCUUCUUCUACUUGCUCUCUUUAUCACUGAGAUCCCAGACUUCAGCUAGGAAACAUGGCUCCACCAAUUGAGACUCCAGAAGGCUCUUCACCAAUUGAGCAUCAUGAAAAAGCACAAACUUUCCACAAAUCAACGCAUCCCCAUACACCUCUAAACGAAAGAAUACUUUCAUCAAUGACCAGAAAAUCUGUUGCUGCUCAUCCUUGGCAUGAUCUGGAGAUAGGACCUGGUGCUCCUACGAUUUUCAACUGUGUGGUAGAGAUCAGCAGGGGUAGCAAGGUGAAAUAUGAGCUUGACAAGAAAACUGGAAUGAUUAAGGUUGACCGUGUGUUAUAUUCAUCGGUUGUUUACCCACACAACUACGGCUUCAUACCUCGUACCCUUUGUGAGGAUAAUGACCCCAUGGAUGUGUUGGUUAUCAUGCAAGAACCAGUUCUUCCUGGGUGCUUUCUCCGGGCAAAAGCCAUAGGACUGAUGCCUAUGAUUGACCAGGGUGAAAAAGAUGACAAGAUAAUUGCUGUUUGUGCCGAUGAUCCUGAAUAUCGUCACUACAGUGAUAUCAAAGAACUGCCUCCCCAUAGGCUUACUGAGAUCCGCCGCUUCUUUGAGGAAUAUAAGAAAAAUGAGAACAAGGAAGUAGCUGUUGAUGACUUCCUGCCAGCUUCAAAGGCAUAUGAUGCAAUCCAACACUCCAUGGAUCUUUAUGCUGACUACAUUGUGGAGAGCUUGAGGCGUUAGGUGGCCUUUGAGAAAAGAUUUUGCUGUUACUACAAGACUUUGCGGUUAUUAAAAUGAUAUAGCAUUAUAUAUAUACUAUGAUGGUACAAUACAUGUACUAUGAUGAAAAACCAUGUUCAUCUAUUUUGUGUACUUUCCAAAUGCUAAAUGCUAGCAGGUAUUGUGAUGAAUCAAAGUUAUGCAUCAUCUCCCUGACAAGAUUUUUCUCUGAUAUUUCUUGUCAUCUGAGAAAUGAAGAAGGCACACGACUUUAUUAUUAUUAUGAGUUUU